AUGGUAUUGAAGCGCAACAUUCGCGGCGGGGUGCCGUCCCCCUAUCCACGGUUUUUGUUCCAUGGACUGCGGUCUGCGCAGUUGUUGUCUUCGCUGGUAGUGAGUGGUAUUAUGGGGUAUUUCAUGUAUCAUCUGCGAGACGAGAACUUCGCUAUUCCUUGGACGUUUAUUCUCCUGCUAACCGUCUCCGUCGCAACCAUCCUCGCUCUCCUCGUCACAAUCAUACUCUAUAAUUUCACCUACACCUCCCCACGAUUCAACUGGUUACUGAACGGCGGAAUAUCUAUACUCUGGGCUUUAGGCUUUGCGCUACUCAGCUGGUCAAUAAGUACCUCGCAUGUACUGUCCAAAGUAUGCUCAAGGCAGGUAUGGGGUGGAGACGCAGAAGCAAGUGUUUGUAGAGACUACAAGGCUCUGUGGGCAAUGACUUUGUGCGGGACAGUCUCGACUCUCGCAGCACUAGCUCUCGAUAUCAAGACCGAAUGGACGACAACUAGACGCGGCGUGUAUGCUAUCCCGGAGGAUGAUAAGGAUGCGCAGAGGUUGAACGAAUUGAAGAGUAUGCGUGUGAAGAGCGAGGGGUACGAAGCGCCUGAAGAGCAGAGAGAUGUUGCGCAUGGGGUCGGGUUUGAGCAGGAAAUGGAUAUUGGGUAUCAUAAUCGGUAUGGUGCUGAGGAAGAGGUCCAGAGGCGGAAGAAGUAG